AUGGCCUUUAGUCAGACCGCUAGAAUUGGAGCUUGUGUGUUUUGUCUUGGGUUCAUCUCCUUCUUACUAGCUAUAUUUGCAGAAACCUCAAAGAAAAUUUCUAUUCUUCUUAGAUCUCACACGGUUGUUUCUGUUCAUGUGCUUGAUCGACAGCCUCCCUUCGGAACUCCAAUCCAAGCAAAGGAUGCAGUGAUCUGCAAGUUCCCAGAUGAUCCAUCCAUCUUACUGGGGACUCUAUCUGUCGUCACACUCGUUCUAGCUGCCAUUGCAGGGCACGUUGCUGUUUACUUCCCUUACAAGGGCAAGUCGGUCCCAAGAAAUGCUUUGUUUCGGAGCGCUACCUUGUCUACAUUCUUUGUCCUCGCCGAGGUACUCACGGUUCUGGCUUUGUUGAUGCUGCUGUGGACUACCAUCAGCGAAAGCCUCCACAGGUCUCGCAACGUGCACCGUGAUCUCACCACGCAGUGCCCAACCGCGAAGACGGGGCUCUUCGGCGGUGGCGCCUUCCUCGCCCUCGAUGCCGCUCUCUUUUGGCUUGUUUGCCAGAUGCUAACACUGAAUGCGAGGUCGGAUUACUUGGACGAGGACGACACCAAGGGAGAGUACAUCGACGUCUGCACCACCGAGUUUGAUGUUGCUGAGACGCAUCUCCCCACUGCGUAG